AUGAAGAGACAGAGAAACGAACACGAUGAAGUUACCGUUACCCUUAGAGCCCGUGACAUGUUCUGUAAGCAACUUCAACUACAUUUGUCUCAUAACAUUGAUGAAAAUACCGUUACCCUUGCUAUCAAGGCCUGUCAAGGGUACCCCAAACCCGGAUGCCAAAUUCACGGGUUUGCAGUUUCUUCUGGGUUUUCUUCGUAUACUACAGUUUCAAAUUCUUUGAUGAGUGUGUACACCAACGCUGGCCAGUUUGAUGGUCCCUUACUUAUCUUUGAGACUGUGCUUUACUGA